AUUUCACGGAAAUGCCAACCGAAUGACCUCAAAAUGGAGAGGUGAUAUGAAGAGAGAGUUAGAAAGUGGAAACAGUGGAAAGCAAGAAGAAAGUCACCACCGAGUUUGCAUAUACCGUGUCCCAUCUAGCUUGCGUCGGAUCAAACCCAAAGCCUAUACACCCAAAAACAUCUCCAUCGGUCCCUAUCACCAUGGAGCACCCCACUUGAGGGACAUGGAGGACCUCAAGAAAAGAUUCUAUCGCCGCCUCUUCAACAAUAAUUCCAAUGAAGCCAAACUAGGCGAGGCUUUUAAGUUCCUUGAGAAGGAACAACACCAAGUUCGAAGAUUUUACAACGAAGAAAUCAAAUUGAGCCCCGAUAAGUUCCUAAAAAUGGUGCUAGUUGAUGGCUCUUUCAUCGUUCAGCUAUUGAGGGAACUUUCAAAGUGUGAAUUCAGAAAAGUCCCUCCUUCUCUCAGCCCAUGGAUGUUGCCCAUCAUUCGUUACGAGAUGAUAAUGCUUGAAAACCAGCUUCCCAUGUUUGUUUUGAACAAGUUGUUCGAGUUAACUAGUGCUGAUUCUGCUCCUUCGGGACCAACUAUUACUCUCAAAGAUCUUGCUCUUCGAUUCUUUUAUCCUUUGCUUCAGGUGGAUUCGAAUUAUAUAGCGGAUAGUAAGAAAGCUGGUGAGUUAAGCGAGCUUCACUUCCUCGAUCUUCUUAGGUCAAGCAUUAUGCCAAAUAAUAUACUAGAAAGUGGGAAAGCUGAUGUCGAAAGAAAAUCUAAACCUCACAUGAUUCGUUCUGUAACGGAGCUGAUGGAGGCUGGUGUGAAGAUCAAAGCAGAUGAGAGGAAAAAAUUGCUUGACAUAAGCUUUGGGAAAAACUUGGGUUUUUCAGGAAGAAAACUCACUAUUCCCGCUUUGUACAUUAAUGACCAUACAUGCACUGUGUUUCGUAACAUGGUUGCUUUUGAGAACUGUCACCAGGAUUGUGACCGCAUGGUGACAGCCUACUUGUUUUUCUUCAAUGGACUCGUCAACUCUGCUGGUGAUGUCUCUUUUCUUCGUUACAAAGGAGUGAUUCACCAUUCUCUUGGCAACGACAACACCGUCUCUAAACUAAUCAACAACAUCACCAAAGAAAUUGUUCUUGACAAACAUAAGUGGUACUUGUACAAAGUGGUGAAUGAAGCUAAUGAGUACUCUGAUACCUUCUAUGCAAGAGUAAGAGCUUCCUUAGUGCAUCAGUAUUUCACCAGCUGGGUGGUGAUAGCCUCAACUCUUGGUUCGUUGUUGGUGCUUUACUUCACUUUCAUUCAGAUUGUGUUUUCAUUUGGAAAAUUGUCAAAAGCCUUUGAAAACCAAAGCUUUGGAUCUGUCAUUUACAAUGUUUUGUGUCUGCCAUAUAUCUGUUGGAUAAACUUAAAUUAG